AUGGACCAAAACAUGGAUGAUAUUCGGGAAUCGGACACUCCAUUCAGCUUCCAACAGUUAUUAUAUGGAGAUGAUUGGCAGAGGUGGGACACUUAUCUGAGCGUUGAUGUUAAUGCCAACUUACUACAUCCAAUGGUUGAGAUGAAUCAUGCUGGUCUGAUAAUAGAGCCUAAUCCAUUUUCAAUGGUACAUCAAAUGGAAGAAACAUUCGAACAGUGGUCACAGACACUGGCCAAUGAACCAUUUGAAAUAGAAGAACUCAACUUCACGAAUGAGGAAUUAUUGCGCAUUAGUGAGCAAACAGGAGAUGUCUGCAAUGGUUUAGACGUUGAUAUCAUUGAUGGGAAUCUGAACCGAAGAAUUUAUGAAGAUGGUUCUGGUCAAGCGGAGAGAUGUGUGAUAUGUCUUGAUAAACUUAAGUGCAAUGAUGAGGCUUCUAAACUGGCAUGUGGGCAUGAUUUUCACUUCGACUGUAUCAAGAAUUGGCUAAUGGUCAAGAAUAUGUGUCCUCUAUGCAAGCAACAAGCUCUUUUAAUUGUUUCAUGA